AAAAAAAUUAGCAGUGUUGUGUUAGUGUUGCAGUCUUGCAGAGGAGGACCCCAUAUCUUUGAGCGGAGAUUACUGAGUUUCAGCUCAGUUUUAAUUUCUGGGUUUUGUGAGUUACUCGGUUUUAAGGGUUGUUGGGCUGUAAAGUUGUGGUUUUUAGGUUUUAUUUGGGAAUUUGCCAUCUGGGGUGGUGGUGUUUGGAAUUGAUGAUAUCUGGGUUUGGUACUGUGGUUCUCUAGGGAUGGGGCUGGGUGCUCAGAAUGGUAAGGUGGUGGAGUCUUGGGAUGUGUGUAAAUCAAAGGGGAGGAAGAAGAAGAAACAGGGGGAUGAGGAGGUGGAAGGGGCUGAGGCUGGGUGUUGGGUUAGGCUGAGGUUCAUUGGGAGCUGCAUUUCUUCAAGAUCCAAGGUUGAUAGCUCAGUCAGCGGCAGUGGCACCAGUACUCAUUAUGCUGAGAGUAAAUCAACUAAUGAUACAAGUAGAGACCAACCAACAGUUCCAGCAGUCUCUUCUACAACCACUAGUAAUACAGAAAGCAAUUCAUCCACUUCCAAACUUGAAGAAGAGCUUAAAAUUGCUUCCAGGCUGCGAAAGUUCUCUUUCAAUGAUCUAAAGUUAGCAACAAGAAAUUUUCGGCCUGAGAGUUUUCUUGGUGAAGGUGGGUUUGGCUGUGUUUUCAAGGGGUGGAUUGAAGAAAAUGGAACUGCCCCGGUGAAACCAGGCACGGGCCUUACUGUUGCUGUUAAAACCCUCAACCAUGACGGGCUCCAGGGUCAUAAAGAAUGGCUGGCUGAAGUAAAUUUUCUUGGUGAUCUAGUUCAUCAAAACCUUGUAAAACUUGUAGGUUACUGCAUUGAAGAUGAUCAAAGGUUGCUAGUGUAUGAGUUCAUGCCUCGGGGUAGCCUGGAAAAUCACUUAUUUAGGAGAUCCCUGCCUCUUCCAUGGUCCAUUAGAAUGAAAAUUGCACUAGGAGCUGCUAAGGGUCUUGCUUUUCUUCAUGAAGAAGCUGAAAGACCAGUAAUAUAUAGGGAUUUUAAAACUUCGAAUAUAUUAUUAGAUGCAGACUACAAUGCCAAGCUCUCAGACUUUGGUCUUGCCAAAGAUGGUCCAGAAGGUGAUAAAACCCAUGUGUCUACUCGAGUGAUGGGAACCUAUGGUUAUGCAGCACCAGAAUAUGUCAUGACGGGUCAUCUUACAUCAAAAAGUGAUGUGUACAGUUUUGGAGUGGUACUACUUGAGAUGUUGACCGGCAGAAGAUCCAUGGACAAACACCGACCCAAUGGUGAGCAUAACCUUGUGGAAUGGGCUCGACCACAUCUUGGAGAGAGGAGAAGGUUCUACAGGUUGAUAGACCCUCGUCUUGAAGGUCACUUUUCCAUAAAAGGAGCUCAGAAAGCUGCUCAACUGGCUGCUCACUGCCUUAGUAGAGAUCCAAAAGCCAGACCCCUAAUGAGUGAAGUUGUUGAAGCUUUGAAGCCUUUGCCAAACCUUAAGGACAUGGCAAGCUCUUCAUAUUAUUUCCAGGCAAUGCAAGCUGAUCGCUUUGGCGCGAGCCCAAACACAAGAAAUGGGCGAACACAAGGCGCAUUGCUCACCCGCAAUGGACAGCAGCAAAGGAGCCUCUCAAUACCAAAUGGUACUUAUGCAUCUCCAUAUCAUCAGUUUCCCCAACCAUCACCGAAACCUAAUGGCAAAGCAUAGAGCUGGUGAAAAUUUUAUUUUUCUCUUUCACCCUUUUUUUAUGCCACUUCUUAGUUUCUCCUUGUAGAUGUACCUUCUUUCAAAGCAUUUGUUCAUGGAGAACUUGAGAGCAAAAGAAGCAUUUUGCUUUAUGAUUUUAUGUUAUGGGUGUUGACCCCCUUUAGCUUGAAAGAAUGUGAGGGUGAGGGCAGGUGAACAAGUCAAAUUGUCAACCAAUAUUUUCUUCAGGUUGUUUGGAAAUAUUGAACACUAUCAAAUACUCAUCCUUAUUUUAUUGUUUUUCACAUUUGCCACAGGAAGUGUUAUGUUAUCUCCUGAUUUAUUA